GUUCACUAGGGUCACAGGUCAGAUUCAAUAACCAUCAAUAACAGCAUCAGAUAAGGAUGACAUUAUUUGAGACGAUCUGUGUGAUGACAGCAACAUUUGCGGCUGUUUACAUUUACUUAACUAAAAAUUCUAACAGAAAAUCGGUUGAAGAUUUCCCCAUCAGGUUUUCUAAUGAUAAAAAUAAGAAUGAAGAAAAGGAUCACUAUGAUGUAGCAAUCGUAGGAGCAGGACCAGCAGGGUCAACAUGUGCUUAUUUUCUGGCACAGAAAGGAUGGAAAGUGCUGUUACUGGAGAAAAAGAAAUUUCCUCGAGAUAAAUAUUGUGGUGAUGCAGUGUGUAGAACUGCUAUAGAAAUACUGAUAGAGAUGGGGGUUUAUCAACAUUUAAUCAAAGAGAACAAAGCACAUGUUAUGGAGCGUAGGGGUUUAUGUAGUCCUGGUGGAUUAAGCUAUGUUUGGGGAAGAAAAUUAAAAUUUGGAGAAAUACCAGUGGCCAUUGCUUGUAAAAGAAUCUUAUUAGACGAGAGUAUUGCCAUGGCAGCAAAAAGGAUGGGGGCAGAUUUAAAAGAGAACUGGCCAGUGACAGAAACUAAAUUUGAUGAAGAUACUGGACUAUGGACUGUAUACAAAUACAGUACAACAGACACAUUAACCGCCAGGGUGUUGGUAUGUUCUGAUGGUGCCCCUUCAAGACUUGCUACAAAAUUAGGUUUAGUGACACGCCCACCAGAUAGCACAUGUUCCAGAACAUAUAUAGAAGGUGGUACACAUAAAUUUGAUGCUGAUGGUGUAGUAUUUUAUAAUAAAGAAUUAUUGCCAGGUUACUCAGCAUUAUUUAGACAUCCUAAUGAUGUAUUGAGCUACUGUGUAAAUGUCAUUCCUGGUAAUCCUAAAGUAGUUCCUGAAAAGUUAGACUAUUGGCAUAACUGGUUAAUGAAAAAAGACCAAAACAUUAGCAGAGCUCUUGGGGAUAACUUCAAAAUGGAAAAAAUGAAAACAGCAAGUUUAAGACUAGGUGGAGAAAAAUGUACAUAUGAUGAUCAUGUUCUAGUGGUGGGUGAUGCUGCAGGAAUGACAGAUCCGAUGACAGGUGAAGGAAUCCACCAUGCCAUGGAAGGAGGUAAAAUAGCAGCCAUUUUUCUGGAUGAAGCAUUGAAUCAUGGGAAUUAUGAUGCAGAAUUUAUGAAGAUUUUCCAUCAGCGAUGGAUGUCUAAAUUUGGAGAUGAUUUUAAAUGGUCUAUGGUAUUCAGUAAGAUGAUUUACAGAUUCCCCAUACUCCUUGAUGCAUCUACUGCUGCACUGCAAAGAAAGGGAGAUAAAUUUGUUGCUAAAUGGGCUGAUAUAAUGACAGGCCGAAUUCCAAAGAUCUACAUGUUUAAACCAGAAUUCUCAUUUACAGUUAUAUAUGAGUUGGUCCGAUUAAUAUUGCAUCGACUCAAAGGAUCAAAUGGUAAACAGAAGAAAGCAGAAUAAAUUUGACAACAAUAAACAAUAUCAUAAAGAAUUUAAAUCAGUAUUAUGAACUUUUUAAAAGUUAUUAUUGUUUAAGAUUGUUUUGACCAUUUUGCCCAUUAUUGCCAAAGAAAAGUGUUCAGAGUAUACUUUAAUUUUUAUAUACUAUUUAUUUAUUAAUUAUGUGCCUUAAAAGGAUAAAAGUAUUGUUGGAUUGUAUUUUAUGUUUUUUUACAAUGAUGCUAUAUAAUAAAAUUGUUUUGCAUUCCAUGUAUGAUUUGUUUGUUACCUAGUCAAUACUUUUAUAUUUGAAAUCCUAUUUUAUGUUAUUUUGAUUGGUCAAUAUGAUUCAGAGAUGAUUAUUUAUGUUAUUUUUUCAGAGAAAAAUAUUGCAGUCAUUUAUUUAAAUUUAAUUGCUAAUUCCAUUUUUAGUUAGUAAAUGAAAAAACAUUGAUGAAGUCACAGGACAAAAUUAUGUCUAUGAGCUGAUAGACAAAAAAAUUUCAGCCAAUCAUAAGACGUGUUAUAUCCAAAAUUAAAUUAAUAUAGAAUAACAUUUGUUUGAAUUCCAUGUAUGAUUUGUAUGCUGCCUGGUCAAUACUCUUACAUUAUAAAUCUAUCAUAUGUAAUAUUGAUUGAAAAAUAUCAUUCAGAGGUGUUAUGACAUAACAUUUUGAGUAAUGCAUUCCAUGUUUGUUAUGUAUGUUGCCUGGUCAAUGCUUUUACAUUUAAAAUCCUAUUUUAUGUUAUUUUGAUUUGUUCAUAUUAUUCAGAUAUGUUUUAUAUAAAAUAAUAGUAUCCUGCAUUCCAUAAUUGAUUUGUGUUGCCUCAUCAAUACUUUUACAUUGUAAAUCCUUUUUAUGUUAUUUUAAUUGGUCAAUAUGAUUCAGAGAUGUUAUAAAAUAACAUUGUUUUGCAUUCAAUGAAUAAUUUGUUUUAUGCCUGGUUGAUAGUUUUACAUUGUAAAUCCUAUUUUGUGUUAUUUGGUUGGUCAGCAUAUGAUUCAGAGAUGAUUAAGGAAUGUAGUGUGUACCUAAUUUCAGAGAGAAAUUAUAUUGCAGUCAAUCAUUUAAAUUAAAUUGUGAAUUCUAUUUUUUAGGAUUAAAUGAAAAAACGUUGAUGAUGUCAAGGUCACAUGACAAACUUAUGUCUGAGCUGAUAGACAAAAAACUUUCAGUCAAUCAGAAGACAUGAUAUAUCCAAAAUUAAAGAAUAACAUUUGUUUGCAUUCCAUGUAUGAUUUGUAUGAUGCCUUGUCAAUACUCUUAUAUUAUAAAUCCAUUUAAUGUUAUUUCGAUUGUACAAUAUGAUUUAGAGAUGUUAUGAAAUAACAUUGUUUUGCAUUCCAUGUGUAAUUAACAUGUUACCUAGUCAAUUCUUUUUCAUUGUAAAUCUAUCUUUAUAUGUUAUUUUAUCUGGUCGAGACAAUGCAAUUUAUUU